AGAGAGGUACUCAGCACCCAUUGGCUGCGAGGGUUGAAUGUAAGAUGGCGCCCAGGGAGCUGUGAGGAGAAAAUCCUGUCGGUCUCGGAGCAGGGGACGGCAGAACCGGGGCCCCGAGCGGUGCAGCGGGGCCGGCGGGUAGAGCGGCGGCGGCGGCGGCGGCGGCGACGUCGCCGGAAUGUUACAAGUCUUAAGAACUCAGCACAAGCAACAGAAAUACAUGCAACAUGGUGACUGGAACCCUAAGGACUCUGCAAUAUGAAUAAUUCUUUGGAGAACACCAUUUCCUUUGAAGAAUACAUCAGAGUGAAAGCAAGGUCUGUCCCACAACACAGGAUGAAGGAGUUUCUGGACUCGUUAGCCUCUAAGGGGCCAGAAGCUCUUCAGGAGUUCCAGCAGACAGCUACCACCACCAUGGUGUAUCAGCAGGGUGGGAACUGCAUUUACACAGACAGCACUGAAGUAGCUGGGUCUUUGCUUGAACUUGCCUGUCCGGUCACCACCAAUGUCCAGCCACAGACACAGCAAGAACAGCAGAUCCAGGUUCAGCAGCCUCAGCAGGUUCAGGUGCAGGUGCAGGUGCAGCAGUCUCCGCAGCAGGUCCUGGCCCAGCAGCUCUCCCCGCAGCUCACUGUUCACCAGCCUGCCGAGCAGCCCAUCCAGGUCCAGGUGCAGAUCCAGGGCCAGGCGCCGCAGCCGGCAGCGCCCUCCAUCCAGACGCCGUCUCUGCAGAGCCCCAGCCCCUCCCAGUUGCAGGCAGCCCAGAUCCAGGUGCAGCACGUGCAGGCGGCUCAGCAGAUCCAGGCCGCCGAGCUCCCCGAUGAGCACCUCCCGCACCAGCAGAUCCAGGCUCAGCUGGCGGCCGGCCAGGCUCUGGCGGGGGGUCAGCAGAUCCAGAUCCAGACUGUGGGUGCCCUUUCCCCACCACCGUCCCAGCAGGGCUCACCCCGGGAAGGGGAGCGACGGGUUGGCACAGCCAGUGUCCUUCAGCCAGUGAAGAAACGCAAAGUGGACAUGCCCAUCACUGUGUCCUAUGCCAUCUCAGGGCAACCAGUGGCUACCGUGCUGGCCAUUCCACAGGGCCAGCAGCAAAGUUAUGUGUCUUUGAGACCAGAUUUACUGACAGUAGACAGUGCCCAUCUGUACAGUGCCACCGGGACCAUCACGAGCCCUACAGGAGAAACCUGGACCAUCCCUGUCUACUCUGCCCAGCCCCGGGGGGACCCUCAGCAGCAGAGCAUCACCCACAUUGCCAUUCCCCAGGAAGCCUACAAUGCAGUGCACGUCAGUGGCUCACCCACAGCCCUGGCAGCCGUAAAGCUGGAGGAUGACAAAGAGAAGAUGGUGGGCACCACAUCUGUAGUAAAGAACUCCCACGAAGAGGUCGUGCAGACCCUUGCAAACUCUCUCUUUCCAGCACAGUUCAUGAAUGGCAACAUCCACAUUCCAGUGGCUGUGCAGGCUGUGGCAGGCACAUACCAGAACACAGCUCAGACUGUCCAUAUAUGGGACCCCCAGCAACAGGCCCAACAGCAAGCGCCCCAGGAGCAGACACCGCCGCCACAGCAGCAGCAGCAGCAGCAGCUUCAGGUCACUUGUUCAGCUCAAACUGUCCAGGUGGCUGAAGUUGAGCCACAGCCACAGCCACAGCCGUCCCCGGAACUUCUUCUUCCAAAUUCUCUGAAGCCAGAAGAAGGACUUGAAGUGUGGAAAACCUGGGCCCAGACCAAGAAUGCUGAGCUAGAGAAGGAUGCUCAGAACAGACUCGCACCCAUUGGGAGGCGUCAACUGCUGCGAUUCCAAGAAGAUCUCAUUUCUUCUGCUGUGGCUGAGUUAAAUUAUGGACUCUGUCUAAUGACCCGGGAAGCUCGAAAUGGAGAGGGUGAACCUUAUGACCCAGAUGUGCUGUACUAUAUUUUCCUGUGUAUUCAGAAGUAUCUUUUUGAGAAUGGGCGGGUUGAUGACAUAUUCUCCGACCUUUAUUAUGUCCGAUUCACGGAGUGGCUACAUGAAGUUCUAAAGGAUGUUCAACCCCGAGUCACUCCACUUGGUUAUGUCCUGCCCAGCCACGUGACCGAGGAGAUGCUCUGGGAGUGCAAGCAGCUUGGAGCUCACUCCCCUUCCACUCUGCUGACCACCCUCAUGUUCUUUAACACCAAGUACUUUCUGUUGAAGACAGUGGACCAGCACAUGAAGCUGGCCUUCUCCAAGGUCUUGCGUCAGACCAAGAAGAACCCCUCUAAUCCCAAGGAUAAAAGCACGAGUAUUCGGUACCUGAAGGCGCUUGGGAUACAUCAGACUGGCCAGAAAGUUACAGAUGACAUGUAUGCAGAACAGACGGAAAAUCCAGAGAAUCCACUAAGAUGUCCCAUCAAGCUGUAUGACUUCUACCUCUUUAAAUGUCCCCAGAGUGUGAAAGGCCGGAAUGACACCUUUUACCUGACUCCUGAGCCAGUCGUGGCCCCCAACAGCCCAAUCUGGUACUCGGUCCAGCCUAUCAGCAGAGAACAGAUGGGACAGAUGCUGACUCGAAUCCUGGUGAUAAGAGAAAUUCAGGAGGCCAUCGCAGUAGCCAGUGCAAGCACCAUGCACUGAGAUAUCUCCUUCAGCCAUGCUGCAAAGGAUACCAUCCAGGAAAAACACGGACAGACUUUCACAUUAAGAAGAGGCCUCCAUAUUUUCUUUUCUUUUUUUUUAUCGGUGUAGUUAUGAAGCCUUUCUGGCUGCUUCUGUUAAAAGUGUAAAAGGAAACUCUGCCUCCCUGUGCAUCUUUAUAAACCUGCUUUGGCAGACUCCUCAGCCCAUAGGGGCUCUGGGUUUCCUGAGAGCCAGAUACCCUAGGAAGUGGCUGGCUGAUCUUUCGUUUGUCUGGGGCCUAAGGAAAGGGUUUGGAUUGUUCAAGAGGAAUAUGGCCCCCCUCCCUUCCUCCAGAAGAUGGACUCGAUGAUGGAUGGGUCCUCCAGGGCAUCUUCUCUGCCGGCUCCUGCUGCGUCUAGCAAACUUUGUUGCGACGGGAGAGCCACUGUCUUCGAGCUCAAACAGCGUCGUAAAGGAAAGAAAAUGAGGGGAACGUCAAUUAUGAUUUAUUAAAGACAGUUUCUAUUACAACUUCCUUUAAUGACAAAUGACAUUUUAGAUGUUAAAGUAAAAACUUUACCAUGCCUUUUUUUUUUUUGGCCUAACAUUGAGGCCUUAAACCUGAGGCCCCUGCGCCUGAUGGGAUUCUUGUAACAUACACUUGUGUAUCAUAUAAAGAUACCACUGUUUCUCUUCUGUAUUCUUAAUCUAGUUGUUUAUUAAGAAUGACAAGCACGUCUUUUCAACA